AUGUUCUCGAGAAUCCAGCAGAGCGUUAAACAGUUCACGGAUGAACUAGAUGGCGCCGUGAAAAACGCCCAGAACCAACAGGUGGCGGCGCAGCAACACGAGGCAGAAGAGCGCAAGAAAAAGCUCAUGAGCUACAAGACUCCAGACGUGGAACGCAUGGAGCUAGAUGACAAUGGGUCGUCAGCUCCCUCCACCGAAGGUGGAGCUACCGAGGCCGAGCCAGUAUCGCAAACGGAGCCAGAAGAGUACAUCAUUGACACUCUUCCGGUGCCUGACAAGGUCAAAUCUCACCUGCGAAAGUUCCAGCGGUAUGAGGCCAAGUACCCCGAUCUUCUCAAAGCCUACAGAGUGGAGAAGAAGAAGUCCGAACUGGUAAAGAGCAUGGUGGAGGAUUUCGAGCGUGUUCUCCAGGAGCGAACUCCAUGCUCCGGUCUCAAUGAACCUCAGGCUCUCGUUGAGUAUCUUGAGAACCUCAAUCUUAAGAGCGAAAUGCAGAGUAACGAGCUUCGUUCAUUGUCUACGAAGGUCGACACACUCAAGAAGGAGGUCGACGGCACCAAGAGAAAGGAUCAGGACACCAUUGAGAAGCUCGAAAGCGACGUGGCUCGACUCACAUCUGAUCUGAAGGAUCUGGAAGCUGAGAACACCAAGCUAAAGGAGGCUGAGCCGGCAGAAUCAAAGGCCACCGACACAACCAGCGAAACCCGUGCUGAGCUGGAGCUUAAGGAUGCAAAAUUGGCCGAACUGCAGACCAAGUUAGAUGGCCUCAAGACCAGGGUGGGUGAGCUGGACAAUGUCAAGGCUCAGGAGGAGAAGGUAAAGGAGCUUGAAAAGCAGCUGGACGAGGCUAAGGGUGAGGCCAAGAAGGCCGAAGAUAAGAUCAAAUCCGCCGAGGAGAUGGUCAAAGCGGCUGAGGACAAGGCUAAGGAGGCAUCAGACAAAGCUGACCGCUCUACAGCCAGCAAGGACUCCGAACUUGAGAGUCUCACAAAAACAUUGAACAAGAUCAAGGACGAAAGCAAGGCUGCAUCGGAAAAGCAUCUUGGCGAAAUCAAUAACUUGAAGGAACAGCUGGAGAAGUCCAAGACUGUGUCAGAGGAGCUAGAGACUGCACGAAAGGAGCUUGCUGACGCCAAGUCUGCCGCCUCUAAGGCUGAUGCUGAGCUCCAGGAGAAGCUGGCUGAGAUUGAGAAGACUCCUGACAACUCUGCUGAGCUGGAAAAGCUUAAGACCGAACUUGCCGAGGCCAAAUCCAAUGCUGAUAAGACUUCCAAUGAUCUGGCAGGCAAAUCGAAGCUGCUGGAGGGUUUCCAGAAGAAGCUUGGUGAAGCUAACAAGGCCAAGGAGGAUCUGGAGAGCGAGCUUGCGACGGUCAAGGCCGCAGCUGCGUCUGCUGUUGCUGCUGCCAAUACCUCUCCCGGUGCCACUGGUGGUAAGGGAAAGAAGGGCAAGAAGGGAGGAUCCCCUGCACCCGAUAACAAUGCUCAGAUCAAGGUGCUGGAGGAUGCCAAGCAAAAGCUUGAGAAGGACCUUGCUAAUGAAAAGUCCGAGGUGGAGAGUCUACGGGACCAGCUCAAGGAGAUUGGAAACGAUCUUGUCGAGGCUCAGAAGUCUAAUAAAAACAGCGAAGUCAAGGAUGAACUCGAGAAGGUGCAGAAGAAGCUCACCGAGAAGGAGGAAGAGAUUGAGGAGCGUCAGAAGGAUGUAGCUGAGCUCAAGAAGGAGAUCGAGGAUCGAAACAAAACCCAUUCUAAGCUUCAAAAGGAGGUUGAUGAGCUCAAGACCCAGUCUUCAAAGUCUUCUGAGGAUGCAAAGUCUUUGGAAUCAGCCAAGGCUGAUCUUGACAAGACAAACAAAGAGCUGACUGCUGCACUGACGAAGGGCAAGACCUUUGAGGAUGAGGUUGCCACUCUCAAGAAGGAGAUUGAGUCUCUCAAGAAGGAUCUCGCUAGUGCCAAGGAGUCCCAGGAUUCGUCCCAAGCUAUGACCGAGGAACUUGAAUCUUUGAAGAAAGAGCUGAAAACUACGAAGAGCAGACUUGCUGAGGCUGAGAAGACCACUGAGGAGCUCAAGACUGUCAAGGAGGAGGUUGAGGAGCUGAAGAAGAAGCUCGAGACCACUGAGCAGCAUCUUUCUGCCGCCGAGGACUCUCACGCCCACUCUGCCAAGCUCAGUCAGGACCGAUUCAAGGAGCUCGGCACCACCAAGGAGCAGCUUUCAAAGCUGGAGGAGCAGCUAGGAUCUGUCAAGGCAGAGCUGAAGAUUGCCAAGGACGCCGAGACCACUUUGGCUAAGCAGACUGCUGAGCUUGAGAAGUUGGUUGCUGCCGAAACCAAGCUCAAGAAAGAUCUUGCUGCUGUUACUGCAUCUUCAUCCGACUGGGAGGCGAAGUACAAGGAGGCAGAUCUGCGGUGCAACAAGAUCGAGAGCCGCAUUACUACUCUCAAGACCACCCAGGCUCGACUGGAGAAGGAGAAGAAGGAUGCUGUCGCCGAGAAGGAUGCUCUUGCUACACGUGUCGAGCAACUCGAGAAGGAGCAUUCUGCAUCUUCCGAGUCCAUUUCCAAGUGGACCCGAGAAAAGGCUGCUCUUGAGAAGGAGCUGACUGAGGCCAACAACGAGGCCAAGAUUAAGGAGGCUCAGAAGGACCAUGCCCUUGGUGAGGUCACCGAGCUCAAGAGCCAGUUGGAGGAAGUUGCUAUGCGAAUGAGAGAGGUAACUUCUCGUUGCGAGUCUCUGGAGGAUGAAGUCUCCGAUGCACACAAGCUGCUGCAGGAGCGAACUCGAGAGACCACAACCAUGCGACGUCUUCUCAACGAGACCGAGGACGGUAGUGAGACCAAGAUUCGAGAUCUCCAGGAGCAGAUUCGAGCUCUCACUGACGAGAAGGAUCAACUGGAAGCCAGUGCUGCUCAAUCGUCUAGACGUCGACAGCGUGAGCUUGAGGAGGCCCGAACGAAGACUCGAGAGCUUCAACAUGACGCCGAGGAGCUGCGAGCUGACAAAGAGCGAGCUCUCAGAGACCUCCAGGCACUCAAGUCGUCUCGAGAGUAUGCUGAUAAGGAGUCCAAGAGUGCCCAGGAGGAUAUGGAAGAAGCCAAUGGGGUCAUCCAGAAGCUUCAGACCGAGCGUAAGGUCAUGGAUGGACGUCUCAGCGAAUCCGAGGCCACAGUGCUGCGUCUGAAGCAGGCCGUCGACGAUGCUCAACAGCGAAACGACAAGCUGCAGAAGCAGCAGAAAAUUCUCAACGAGGACAUCAUCGCUCUUCAGACAGAGAAGCACAGACUGGAGGGCAACCAGAUCAGUAGCUCCCAGCGUCAUGUGACGUCACCUGCCCAGUCACGACGAUCUUCUGUGGCAUCUAACACUUCACAACCUCCCGCUCCUGCUACUGCUACUAACACUGCGUACAUCAAGAACGUGCUGCUCGGAUUUCUGGAGCACAAGGAGCAGAGACAGAAUUUACUGCCAGUAAUGUCUACUUUGCUGGAGUUCAAGGAUGGAGAGGAAGAAAGAUUCUGGGCUGCGAUUGGUUAG